AUGAAGCGAAGGCUGGACAAAGCCUCCGGAGAAUCGAAAUCCUCAGCCAUGCGACCACCCCUCCGGAAUUUCGACUCGUACGACGAUGAAUGCAUCCGACAGUACAUAUUGUAUUACUAUCAGUUCCAGAGGAGCGAGGGUUUCGUGAUUGAUUGGGAUAAACUCGAGUAUCGGUUCGAAACGUUGCCUAUGAUUGACCCGUAUCGUGCCGGUGAGAGGACCAAUGAUGAAAUAAUCCGUGACGUGGCUUGCCGUGCCAUCCUCCAAAUCAACGCAGAGAAGGGAACUAGACUUUCUUUCCUCGAUCACGUUUCGGCAAGUUAUAGGUGGUGUGCUGAGAUUGCUGCGGUUCAUGUGGAUCCUCCUCCUCCAUUGAAUGCUAAUACACCAGAAUUUCCCACCAUAUUGUUCACCGUAACGGGUCCAGGGUCAGGUUCCAUACCGGAUGUCGUCUUCACCCGGUUUCCUCCUGAAAAAGCUAUGUCCUCACCUGAAUCCUCACCGUGA